GCCGGGAUCAUGGAUUUCGUGCCUCCUCCAGAUGAGGCCUGAGCCAUGCCCUGGGGUGAUUUGGCUCAGUACAGUGGGCCUGAAUGAAGCAAGCUGAAUUUGAACCCCGCCUGCUGUCUUUCUAGGCUUUGGGGCAGUGGUCAUUUCCGGGACCAGGCCUUUUCAUUGCCAGCUGACUACCCAGCACUUUGAGCUCAUGAAUAGAGUAAGCAGGGAACCAUCCCUGGGAAGGCCAGGCUGAUUGACCUAGGGGUUCAAGGUCCUGCAGCAUUCCUUUCCCCCUUGUCAGGAAAGGGUGGGGCAGAGCCUCCUGGAGGCAAUGUUGAGGGUGGCUGAACCUGUGUGGGGCUGCCCUGAACGAAGCUUUUAAAAAAAAAAAUAGUGGUGCAUUUGGUGCCCAAGUACACUACUUUGUAGACAUGGGUCAGAGGUGGACUUAAUGCUUCACUGGUGUUUCUGUGAGCCAGUAGGGCUUAAACUGUGUCCCUGUAGUUGGUGACAUUUGGUAUUUGCGGUUGUGAUUAUUUGUGUGACCCCCAUGAGUCUGCAGUUUGUAAUCUAUAAUUUUCUGCGGGAUAUCCAUUGCAAAAGCUGAGGUCUCAAAACCUUUAGUAUACAAGUCAUGCACCACAAAAUGACAGCGGAGGACCACGUUAUAUGACAGUGGUCCCAUGCACAAAUACUUACUGUGUUAGUUGCCUACAGUAUUCAUACUGUAACAUGCUGUACAGGUUUGUAGCCUAAGAGCAACAGGCUGUACCAUAUUGCCUAGGUGCGUAGUACACCUUACAAUGUAGGUUUGUGUAAGUUUGCCCUAUGAUGCUCACACAAGGACCAAAUUGCCAAAUGACACAUUUCUCAGAAUGUGUCCCUGUUGUUAAGUGACUCAUGACUGUUGCUUUAUUUCAUUUUGUGGGGUAAACUAUGCACAUAUUAUGUACACUGGCAGACAUAGCUCCUAAGUGUCCACUUCUACAGGCUUCCCUGGUAGAUCAGAGUCUAGCUAGGAAGACAGUGCUUCCUGAGACCCUCAGGGCUAUCUCAGUCAGCCAGCUAGCAAACAUUUAAGCUACUGCACUAGGUAUCUUAGGGAGCAAGUCCACAGAUAAAGGGCAGGGAUGGGAAGGGACUGGUGAUCUGGACUGGGCUAGUCAUAGAGGAGUCUCCAAAUUGAUGUUUUUAUUAAGUGACAAUCUCCGUGAGUUGGGAAGGAAAGAAGAAACGCUGACCAUUUUUGAGGACCUUAUGAAUAUGCCAGGCAUUGUGCUAAAUAAAGGAAAUGGCAAUCAAAGGAAAUGAAGGCAUCAAAGGAAAAGAUGUGUUUGAGAAAUGCCCCAUGGCCCAGUGUGUUUGGAGCUAAGUGGAGACAAGUCCAGAGGAUGAGACUGGGACCAGAUGAUGGGACCUGGUCCCGUUUGUGGACUCACUGCCCACCACUCGCUGAAGGAUAGAAGUGGAAUUACUGGGCAAAGGGCAUUCAGAUUUGAGAGAAGUAGCCCCAGAAAUAAAAGCAUCAGAGAGACGAACAGCUGUGGCCAUUGCAGAUUUGGAAUGGAGAGAAAUGGAAGGAGAUGAUUGCGAGUUCCGUUAUGGAGAUGGUACAAAUGAGGCUCAGGACAAUGAUUUUCCAACAGUGGAGAGAAGCAGGCUUCAAGAAAUGCUGUCACUUUUGGGCCUAGAGACGUACCAGGUCCAGAAACUCAGCCUCCAGGACUCUCUGCAGAUCAGUUUUGACAGUAUGAAGAACUGGGCCCCUCAGGUUCCCAAAGACUUGCCCUGGAAUUUCCUCAGGAAGUUGCAGGCCCUCAAUGCUGAUGCCAGGAAUACCACCAUGGUGCUGGAUGUGCUCCCAGACGCCAGGCCUGUGGAGAAGGAGAGCCAGAUGGAAGAGGAGAUCAUCUACUGGGACCCAGCUGAUGACCUUGCUGCCGACAUUUAUUCCUUUUCUGAGCUGCCCACCCCUGAUACGCCAGUGAACCCCUUAGACCUUCUCUGUGCCCUGCUGCUCUCUUCAGACAGUUUCCUGCAACAAGAAAUAGCGUUGAAAAUGGCCCUCUGCCAGUUUGCACUCCCACUCGUGUUGCCUGACUCGGAGAACCACUACCAUACAUUUCUGCUGUGGGCCAUGCGGGGCAUUGUGAGGACAUGGUGGUCCCAGCCCCCAAGGGGCAUGGGGAGCUUCCGGGAAGACAGCGUGGUCUUGUCCAGGGCGCCCGCCUUCGCCUUCGUGCGCAUGGACGUCAGUAGCAACUCCAAGUCCCAGCUUCUCAACGCCGUCCUCAGCCCGGGCCACAGGCAGUGGGACUGCUUCUGGCAUCGGGACCUCAACUUGGGCACCAAUGCCCGGGAGAUUUCGGAUGGGUUGGUAGAAAUUUCCUGGUUUUUUCCCAGCGGAAGGGAGGACUUGGACAUUUUCCCAGAACCUGUGGCCUUUCUGAACCUGAGAGGUGACAUCGGGUCUCACUGGCUGCAGUUUAAGCUCUUGACAGAAAUCUCCUCCGCUGUGUUUAUACUGACUGACAAUAUCAGUAAGAAGGAAUACAAAUUGCUGUACUCCAUGAAGGAGUCAACCACAAAAUACUACUUCAUCCUGAGUCCCUACCGUGGGAAGCGCAACACAAACCUGAGAUUUCUGAAUAAGUUAAUUCCUGUGCUGAAAAUAGACCACUCGCAUGUCCUGGUAAAGGUCAGCAGCACUGACAGCGACAGCUUCGUGAAGAGGAUCCGGGCCAUCAUUGGGAAUGUGCUGCGGGCACCCUGCAGGCGGGUAUCUGUGGAGGACAUGGCGCACGCAGCCCGCAAACUGGGCCUAAAGGUCGACGAGGACUGUGAGGAGUGUCAGAAAGCGAAAGACCGGAUGGAGAGGAUUACCAGGAAAAUCAAAGACUCGGAUGCCUACAGAAGGGACGAGCUGAGGCUGCAGGGGGACCCCUGGAGAAAGGCAGCCCAAGUGGAGAAGGAGUUCUGCCAGCUCCAGUGGGCCGUGGACCCCCCUGAGAAGCACAGGGCUGAGCUGAGGCGGCGGCUGCUAGAACUUCGAAUGCAGCAGAACGGCCAUGAGCCCUCCUCGGGGGUGCAGGAGUUCAUCUCGGGGAUCAGCAGCGCCUCCUUGAGUGAGAAGCAGUACUUCCUGAGGUGGAUGGAGUGGGGCCUGGCACGGGUGGCCCAGCCGCGACUGAGACAGCCUCCAGAGACGCUUCUCACCCUGAGACCAAAGCACGGGGGCACCACAGACGUGGGGGAGCCGCUCUGGCCUGAGCCCCUAGGGGUGGAACACUUCUUGCGGGAGAUGGGACAGUUUUAUGAGGCUGAGAGCUGUCUUGUGGAGGCAGGGAGGCUGCCGGCAGGCCAGAGGCGUUUUGCCCACUUCCCAGGCUUGGCCUCGGAGCUGCUGCUGACAGGGCUGCCUCUGGAGCUAAUCGAUGGGAGCACCCUGAGCAUGCCCGUCCGCUGGGUCACAGGGCUCCUGAAGGAACUGCACGUCCGACUGGAGAGACGGUCAAGGCUGGUGGUUCUGUCAACCAUCGGGGUGCCAGGCACGGGCAAGUCCACACUCCUCAACACCAUGUUUGGGCUGCGGUUUGCCACAGGGAAGAGCUGCGGUCCUCGAGGGGCCUUCAUGCAGCUCAUCACAGUGGCUGAGGGCUUCAGCCAGGACCUGGGCUGUGACCACAUCCUGGUGAUAGACUCCGGGGGCUUGAUAGGUGGGGCCUUGACGUCAGCUGGGGACAGGUUUGAGCUGGAGGCUUCCUUGGCCACUCUGCUCAUGGGACUGAGCAAUGUCACCGUGAUCAGCCUAGCUGAAACCAAGGACAUUCCAGCAGCUAUUCUGCAUGCAUUUCUGAGGUUAGAAAAAACGGGGCACAUGCCCAACUACCAGUUUGUAUACCAGAACCUUCAUGAUGUAUCUGUUCCCGGCCCUAGGCCCAGAGACAAGAGACAGCUCCUGGAUCCACCUGGUGACCUGAGCAGGGCUGCAGCCCAGAUGGAGAAACAGGGCGACGGCUUCCGGGCACUGGCAGGCCUGGCCUUCUGCGACCCUGAGAAGCAGCACAUCUGGCACAUCCCAGGCCUGUGGCACGGAGCACCUCCCAUGGCCGCAGUGAGCUUGGCCUACAGUGAAGCCAUAUUUGAAUUGAAGAGAUGCCUACUCGAAAACAUCAGGAACGGCUUGUCGAACCAAAACAAAAACAUCCAGCAGCUCAUUGAGCUGGUGAGACGGCUGUGAGUGUGCAGAGAAACCCAGUUCAGGUGUAGGAGGCUGCUGUGGGCAGCCCUGUCUGAUGGGGCACCUGUGUGGGGCUGUGCUCUGGUGCCUGAGGAUGGCUGGUGCCCAAUCGACAUGAGAAGACGAGCAAAAGACAGAGGGUUUGGAGUCUCCUCAACAGUGUUAAAAGAGGAAGUGACCUCACAGACCAGCUCAGAGAUGUUACCAGGAAUAUCACAGCCCCCAGGGUAGGGAGACAAGCAGCAGUUUGUUCUGUCUCAGCUCCUGUCAAGGAUCCUGCGGGGUGGGCCCUCUGUAUAGCUGCUCUCUGUCACUGGCCCCUGGAGUGGGAGCAGCAUCCUUAGUCACUGCAGGCCCAGGCGGGCAGGUGGUCCCAGGACAGAGGUGGGGAAGUUGUCCUGAGGAAGCAGAAAUAGGCCUUGCUCCCGCCCAACCCAAGGGCCUCCAGUGGACCAGCAUUCGAGAUGUGAGUGCCCGUGGUGUGCAAGGCACUCCCAUGGCACCGUAUUUAUUGACUGAUCUGUGAAGGCUUCCCUGACCCCUGCCCAGGAAGAGUUCACUGGUCGCUCUGUUGUGCCCCACAGCACUUUGUUAUACCUCUGCCACACACUUCACACAGCGUGUUGUAACUCAUGUGUUUACAUGUCUGUCCCCCAGACUGUGAGCUCCUUGAGGGCAGGGACUGUACAUUCUCCAGCUCUGUGUCCCCAGGGCCUGGCACAUUGUAGACGCUUAAUAAAUGUCUGUUAAAUGAA